AUGUUCUAUCUAUUUUUGAUAUUUUACUACUGCAUGAAUCAAUACGAAACACUUAUUGAGGAAUCCACAGGUGAGAAUAAAAAUAGUAACUACAUGAAAAAUAAGUUUAAUGAAAUACUCAAUAUUGGACGUACAGAAACUUUAGACGUAGAUAAUCCGCCAAUAUUUUUUAAAAAAAAAGGAAAAAGUGUUAUGUUUAAAAAUUCUGAAGAAAGAAGUAAAGCACGUGAGAUUUAUGAAUUUUAUAAAAAGUCGAUUGGGUUACUGAGAAAGAAUGAAAAAAUAUUAAAUGGUGAAAUGGAAUUAAUAUAUAAAGAAUACAAUAAAGUUAAUAAUAGGCCUAAAUUGAUUGGAUUCUUUCUUUCCUUAGGAUGUUUUAGAGUUGAAGCUGCAAAAGAAAUCACUCCAGAAGACUAUGCCUUUUAUAAAAGCUGUUUUAAAUCUAUGUAUAACGCAUUUUGUAUUAUUAGCAGUGCUCUGAUCGAAAAUAAAAGAAAAAAAUUUGAAAAUAUUAAGAUAUUGGAAAGCGAAAUAAAUUUUAUGUCAAAAGAUUUCAAAGAAUUGUGUGCAACUAUUUAUAAUAUUUUAGAAGAUGAUUCAACAUCAAUUAUUGAAGAUUUUAAUAAGUAUCAAAUUAAGUUAAAAGAAACCCAUGUUAAAUAUUAUAAAUUUCUUUUGUAUACAGAAAUAAAUCUAAAAAAAGCUUUAAAUAAUAGUUUCAAAACAUUAAUUUCUUUAUCUGAAGCAGAACUCGCAAAAUUAAAUAAGAUAAUUAAUGAAUAUUCGAUAUUUAGAGAAUUAUAUGAGGUUUCUAAAAGUUACAAUUUUUGUAUGAAACCAUUAUUAGAAACAUUUAAAAUUUUAGUUAGACAACAUAUUUCAGAAACAGAAAAAUUUUACAAGUUUACUAAAUUUGAAAGAAAUUACCUUUUGUUGAAAAUUAAAAUGCUGAAAUAA